GCUGAAGCAGCAGCAGUAACAGGAACGUUACCGUGUCACCUCAACCACCUUAGGGUUCAACUUUCUAAACAUGUUGCUCCAAAAUUAAAGGCUAAAGGCAACUCCGGCGACCGCUCAUAUUCUCAAACUACGACUUCUGCUUGUUUCACUCAUAUUUUUUAUUUCCUCUAUUACCCUUUUAAGUUCCAGAUCGGAGAUUGAUUCUCAUCAACAGCUUUUUCAAGAAUAGAAUUAUAGCUGGAUAUUCUGAUUCUUGAUCAAAGUCAAGAUUUUUUGAGCUGAAAGAUUGUGCCCGUGUUUUAGAGCAUUGCAGACUUGAUGACUUUGUGUUGUUAACCAUCUGCGUUGUCAUUUUCAACAUGAGCAACCAAUUCAGUGAAGAUAAUGAAGAUGCAACUGUUGCGGGAUUUGAAGUUCCUAGAUCACCUGAUUCAAGCUACAACAAUGCAUACCCAGGGAAUGAAGAUGAGGUACGGGACCCACCUUUAGUGCCUCCACACCUGCAACACUCGUUGCUUAGCUACCCUGCAAGUGCAGACUCUUCUGAAACACUUCCACUGCCACAGAAUGUGAUUUUCAACCAUCUUUACAUUGAGAACCAGGAGACCCCACGUUCUGUGGUGGCACUUGGGUUCACUCAUCGCUUCCAUUCAAAAUUUGUCACUGUUGUGCUAUACAAACCUGUUCAAAGGAGGGGUAGUGCCAGCACUUAGUAUGCGUAUAUAAUAAACCUUCAUUAGGUUUUCUUUCUUUGCCCAUGUUGUGAUGGAAUUGGUUGCGAUGGACUCUAAUAUGAGAUUAGCCAAAACGAGAAAUAUUUAUAGCCUCGCAUCACAGCAACUGUUGGAAUUAGGUUCGUUCUAUUGACCCUGAAGUUCUCUUCACUUAAAUUGUCACCUCUGCCAUGAGGUUAGAUUGCUAGACUUGUAAAGUUUCCAUUCAUCUUCCUGCCAACACUCAAAUGGUGGAGUGGAGCUUGUUUGUACUAUGAAACUUGAAAAUUUGGUUUAUCCCAUGGACAUGUGCACUUGUUGUUCUGAAAUACUCCAUAUUGAUAGGAAGGCUCUGUUUCGUA